UUCGCAUCCAUCGGAGCCCAUAAAGGCUACGCCGUCAGCAUCAUCCCGUUUCUUUCUCUUUCCUCACGCCACUCUCUCUUCUCCUCUGUUUCAUAAAAUUGUCCGCGAUUGAGAAGAAUGAUCUUAGAGUGUGAGAAACGCGAUUAGGAUUUUUCUCAUUUGGUGCUUAGAACUGUGAUCUGUUGUCUGAAGAGAUUUUUCUCAUUUUGUGGCUAAUUCUUCUUCAAGAACAGUCUUAUGGCUGGUAGUAAUGAAGUUAAUCUCAACGAGUCUAAGAUGGUGGUUCCCCUGAAUACAUGGGUCCUCAUCUCUAAUUUCAAGCUGGCUUACAAUCUUCUACGUCGCCCAGACGGCACUUUCAAUCGUCACUUGGAAGAGUUCCUUGACCGGAAACUGCCUGCUAACUCAAAUCCGGUUGAUGGGGUUUUCUCUUUUGAUGUCCUUAUUGACCGUGGCACUAACCUCAUAUGUCGAAUCUAUCGGAUGGCUAAUGCUGAGGAAGGUCGGCCAACCCUUGUUGAUUUUGAGAAGCCCGUGAGCUCUAAUAUUGUCCCUGUCAUUAUUUUUUUCCAUGGUGGAAGCUUUGCACACUCCUCUGCCAAUAGUUCUAUAUAUGACAUGCUUUGUCGACGUUUAGUGGGCAUUUGUGAAGCUGUAGUGGUAUCAGUGGAUUACCGUCGAGCACCUGAAAACAGGUACCCUUGUGCCUAUGAUGAUGGUUGUACAGUUCUCACUUGGGUUAACUCAAGACCAUGGCUUAAGAGUGGGAAGGACUCAAAAGUUCAUAUAUACUUGGCAGGAGAUAGCUCUGGUGGUAAUAUAGUUCACAAUGUUGCUUUUAGAGCUAUAGAAUCAAACAUUGAAGUAUUGGGAAACAUAUUGCUCAAUCCAAUGUUCGGAGGCCAAAUGAGAACUGAAUCAGAGACGCGAUUAGAUGGGAAAUAUUUUGUCACUCUACAAGACCGGGACUGGUACUGGCGAGCAUUUCUCCCUGAAGGGGAGAACAGGGACCAUCCAGCAUGCAACCCAUUUGGUCCCAAUGGUAUAAGCCUUGAAGGAAUUAAGUUCCCCAAGAGUCUUGUUGUGGUGGCUGGUUUGGACCUUGUUCAGGAUUGGCAGUUGGCAUAUGCUGAGGGGCUUAGGAGGGCUGGCCAGAAUGUGAAGCUUCUAUACUUGGAGCAGGCAACCAUUGGGUUCUACUUGUUGCCUAACAACAAGCACUUCUAUACCGUCAUGGAUGAGAUAAGUCACUUUGUGGAAACUUAAUGGUUAAUAGGUUUAGAAUUCCUGACAAGCAGCAAUGUGUAAACGAAGCUUGACAGUUCACCUAUGGUUUAUUAAUUUUGGAAGGGCUUGCUUUCAGUUUAUAAGAUUGUGUAGUAUUACUGCUUCAGCUUUUAGUAUAUCCUGUUGUUAUCUAUUCUGCUCGGUUCAUCUUGGAUGAAAGUUGGCUGGGUUUGGUUGUUGGUGCAGCAAGCAUGGUUGAGCAUCUAGUUUGAUUGGAAUGUUGUCUAUCCCGUUGUUACCCAGGUAUCUGGACUCUGGAUUAUAUGGUUUGAAUUGAAAUAGUUCUGGCUUGUAAAGCCAUUUAGCAAAGUUUAGCAUAUCCACCAAUUCAAGAUUACCCUUUCUGACUUCUGGCACCAAAGGAGUGGAAGACAGGAAUAUGGGGGUAACGUUUGGUGGCCGAUCAAUUUGGGAUCGGUGCCUAACUAAGGUUAUAUAGCUAAUUUUAGGACAUGGAUGGGAAACAUCCACGGUAUUGUGAACUUGUACAAUGUUUAUACACGUGUUCUAGAAUUAUAUAAAGAUGUUUGCUUAUUUGCUGUUUA